GAUAAGUUUGACUCAAACUCACAGUCUUCUGCUGCUCUGAAGACCCACUCAUGCAACUGCUUAAGACCAUCUGAUGUUGGGAAGCGGGUCAUCCUGCGAGGUUUUAUUGCCUACAUCCGUCAGAACAAGUUCAUACUUCUAAGGGACACACAUGGCUUGACUCAAAUAUUUGCUGAGCAAGCCAGCGAAUGGAAGGACAAAGACUUGACAUAUGAAUCAUACAUUGAAGUGGAAGGUGUUGUGAGGGAGCGACCUGAUGGGCAAGAAAAUCCUAGUCUUGAUACCGGUGCCAUUGAGGUUGAGGCUCAGCGCCUGACUGUACUGAGCCGAGCAUCCGAGACAUUGCCUUUCCACAUUCGCCCUCACAACAUGCCCAAGGAGUCAUUGGGGCUACGUUACAGAUAUCUUCACCUACGUUUCCCUCGCUUGCAACGCAAUCUGAGACUGCGAUCUCGGGUAAUGAAGCGCAUGAGUGACUUCUUGGAAGAUGAAGAAAAUUUUGUCAACAUCAACACUCCGACUCUUGGACCUUACACUGCAGGCGGCGCUCAGCUCUUCAUUGUGCCGUACGAAAGCAAGUCAGACAAUGCAGAGAAACUAAAUGAAGGAAGAGAAUACUACUGCCUGAGCCAGUCGCCCCAGACGUACAAGCAGCUGCUGAUGCUGGCGGGGCUCGAGCGCUACUACCAGUUCGCCGUCUGCUACAGAGAUGAGACGGCCCGUCCUGAUCGACAGCCUGAGUUUAUGCAG